UUCCAUUUUCGUUACUCUUGAAACGAACGGCGAGGAGGAGCAAGUUUAGCGAUGAGGCUGAUAGUACCUCUCCGUGGAGUUGUUCAAGGCCGUGGAGGUCUCUUCGUCGGCUCUCUUAUCCCUUGCUGUCUCUUCUACUUCCUCCAGCUCUACCUUAAACGACGCCGUUCUCCUCCUGACCCUCCUCCUUCCGAUUCCGACCUGACGGAGUUGCCGAGGACGUCUUCGCGGUCCAAUCUCUUCUCCCGCGGGAACUCGAUCGGACGUGUUCGAGUCUCUUCUCGAGCUGUUCCUGUGGCGAAGCCUGCCGAUUCGCCUUAUUAUAUUGGGCUGGAGAGAGCCAAGACGGAUCCGUACGAUCGGAUUUCUAAUAGGGAUGGGAUUAUCCAGCUUGGUUUGGCUGAGAGUACUCUGUGCUUUGACUUGCUCCAGAGAUGGAUGUCUGAGAAUUUGAUUGAUUCGAUGAUGAUGAAAUCUGAUGAUGGUGAAUUCGAUGUUAGUAGCAUCGCUAUGUAUAAACCUUUCGAAGGAUUGCUUGAACUCAGAGUGGCUUUUGCUGAUUUCAUGUCACGAAUAAUGGGAGGUAAUCUGUCGUUUGACCCCUCGAAGAUGGUAGUAACAGCUGGUGGGACUCCUGCUAUUGAAGUAUUGGCCUUCUGCUUGGCAGAUCAUGGAAAUGCUUUUCUUAUCCCUUCGCCUUAUUAUCCAGGCUUUGAUAGGGAUAUAAAAUUCCGGACAGGAGUGGAGCUUAUACCAGUACACUGCAGAAGCUCCGAUAAUUUCACUAUAACGGUUUCCGCUCUGGAACAAGCGUUGAAUCAAGCUAGAAAACGAGGAAGUAAGGUUUCUGGCAUCCUUUUCUCAAACCCGUCGAAUCCUGUUGGGAACAUACUGUCAAGAGAGACGCUCCAUGAUAUUCUGAGAUUUGCUCAAGAGAAAAACAUCCACGUUAUCUCCGACGAAAUCUUCGCCGGUUCUGUUUACGGGGAUAAAGAGUUUGUUAGCAUGGCAGAGGUAGCUAGCUCGGGGGAAUUCGAUAAGAGUAGAGUUCAUAUCAUCUAUGGCUUGUCAAAGGACCUUUCGAUACCUGGUUUUAGAGCUGGAGUCAUCUAUUCUUUUCAUGAAGACGUUGUAAAUGCCGCGAAGAAGCUGAUGAGGUUUUCGUCUGUGUCAGUUCCAGUUCAGAGGAUACUUAUCUCUCUGCUGUCAGAUACAAGAUUUAUCGAGGAAUACAUGGCAGCACACAGGCAAAGGAUCAGAGAUAAGCAUGUUCGGUUUGUGGACGGUUUGAAACAGUUGGGAAUCCCAUGUGCUGAGAGUGGUGGCGGGUUGUAUUGUUGGGUUGACAUGAGCAGUUUACUGACAUCAUACAGCGAGAAAGGAGAGCUCGAGUUGUUUGAGAAGCUGUUGAGUGUAGCUAAGAUUAAUGCUACUCCAGGAACAGCUUGUUAUUGUAUAGAACCGGGUUGGUUCCGGUGUUGUUUUACCGCUUUAGCUGAUGAAGACAUUCCAGUGAUCAUGGAACGGAUCAGAAAGCUUGCUGAAUCAUCAAGAUCUUGAGAGUUCAAGCCAGAUUUUGGGUUAGUAUUUGCAUUGUUAUAUUAUCGAUAGACAUUCUUUUGGCCAAGUUGUUAGAGGUUUAGAACAUUGGAGAGCAUUAGAAGAUGUAACUUUAUCGAUUUACAGCAGAUAGAGUUUACAAGUUUCUUCUUCUAUGAAAAGACAACGGCUUUUCGGAUGCAAACUGUGAGGAACUUUUAUAAGAGUCUUCUUCUAAAUGAGCUUCAGUCUCGGUUGGUAUUUUUUCCACUCAAGUCCUUCUAUCAUUUUGAUUCCCGGCACAAAGAGGCAGCAACUCUCAGCGCCAUAUCUUGUAAAAUCCUGCUAGUUUAUCCAGGCAAGUAUCAAACAUUUCAGAAUCAUUUUUUUUUUUCGUGAUUGUAUUCAGAUAUACAGUUGUGGUGUAUGAAAACAGAUGUUUUGAGAGUUUUACCUUGGAAGGAUUGUGUUUUCUCAUUUCAACAGCUCUUCUCAUGUAACUUCUCCUUCGGCUCAUCAUUAUCAGCUCCCCUAGUGUCUGCGGCGUCCUCACAGGAAAGCCAAUGUUCAUGUUAUCAGAAGCUGUUGUAAGCUUUACUUCUUCAUGCAACGUACGAGUAGUGACCUGAAGAUGAUCCUCAGAAGAGGCAGCAGCAGCUUCGACCUUUUCGUGUGGAAGAAGACGUGGAAAGAGCUUUUCCAAGAACGAAGCUCCAACAAGGCUUGAAGCUCCCGUCAUGUAACUGCUCGUACUGUCAUCAGAUUCAUAACCCGGCGAUGUUGGCACCGAGCUCGUCUCUCUAUUCAGAUUUUCAUCAAAUUCAUCCACCGUAACAGCACCGGAUACCGGAACCGACCGGUUUCCUGUUAACAGAGACGGUACAGAGCUGAAGGAAUCACUGCUUGCGUCAUCGUAAAUAUCGCUGUUGGUUUCAACCUCGCCGUACAUGGGAGGCGGUGGCAGAGGUUGAUCCAACGGCUCGGUUUGGUUUGUAUCAACAAAGCAAGGGUAUGGUUGUCCGGGAGUUUCUUCCCUAACGAAUGGAACCGAUGUAACCAGCUUAACCGGGACUGGAACCGGAGGUGGUAGCGGAGGAGCUGUGGCGGUUUCAAGUGGCGGAUGUGGAAGCUGAGGUGGGUCGUUUGAGGAAGAAGGUAGUGGUUUUCCGGGGGUUUGUUCCCAACGGAAAGGAACCGAAGUGACCAGCUUAACCGGGACCGGUAUAGGUGGUGGAAGCGGAGGAGGAGAAGGCACGAAGGUGGCUAGUGAAGGUUGCCAGUUUUUCUUUGGGAGGCCAGGUCGUUCUUCCCAA